GGGGUUUUAUAAGUGCAGCUGAGCGUUGACAGUCACGCACCGUUUGACCAUUAGCUACCGACAGCACGCAGCUGCAGGGCACAACCCAGCCCACAGACUCAUCAAAACACAUCCUUGAUCAAACACCAAUCAAAUAAGGCAAGAUGAAUUUGGAAGAGUACUUCAAAAGAAUUGGUUUCCAUGGCUCCUAUGAUAAACUGGACCUUGCAACACUGAAGCUGAUCCACAGGCAGCACAUUAUGUCCAUUCCAUUUGAGAACCUCAGCAUCCACUGUGGAGAGAAAAUAAUCAUGGACCUUGAGGUUAUCUUCAAUAAGGUUGUGAGGGGUACCCGUGGAGGUUGGUGCUUUGAGAACAACUACCUGUUUAGCUGGGUGCUGAGACAAAUGGGCUAUGACACUACAACCUUGGGCUCCAGAGUUUUCGACACGAGCAUUAAUGACUUUGAAUCCCAGGAAGUACAUCUCAUUAACAAGGUCAUCAUUGAGGGGAAGGCUUAUAUAGCAGAUGUAAGUUUUGGAUUAUCUGGCCAAAUACGGGAGCCCCUCGAGCUCAUCUCUGGAAAGGAACAGCCUCAGGAUGGAGGCGUCUUUCGCUUCAUAUGCAAGGACAAUUUGUGGAUGCUGGAGAAGACUGGCAGAAGAACGGAGGUUCCUAACCCAGAAUUUGCUAAAUCAAGUCUGGUCAACCGGAAGGAGACGCGACUGAUCCACUGCUUCAGCUUGGAGCCUCGUGAGCCAGAUCAUUUCUUUCAAGUGAACAAUGACCUCCAGACAGACCCCACCUCACUGUUCACCAACAAGUCCAUCUGCUCUUUGCAGACGCCCACAGGAUUCACAGCGCUGGUUGGCUUGAUCUACAGUGAGGUCAUAUUUAAGCCAGAUGAAGGUGUUGAUCUCUAUAACAUGAAAAACAUAACAGAAGAUGAACUAGAGGCUGUGCUGAUGGAGAAGUUCAAAGUGAAGCUGCAGAACAAAAUGCAGGCUGUAAACAGAAGAGUAGUCCUUGAAUUUUAGAAAAUUACUCCUUAUACAUCCUGCUUGGGAACACUGGCAUGAAUGAAGCUCCCUGGCUUUCUGUUUAUUUGAAAGAUUAUCAGUGGUGUUGAAUGUGUUUUGUAUGACUAUAAAUGAUACACUCGCAUGGAAAUAAAAAAAAUUUAAAAAUAAAAUAAAA